CCGUGAAGUACUGUGCAUUCACACAACAGCCGCUAAUCUAAUGGUCACACGUGUGGUAAUAAAUAGCUACCACUGAAAAUAGGAUAUGAAUUGGGACGGGAGCGACAGCAGUUAGUCGGUACUAAAGGUGGGUGUGCCUGCGCAGUUGUGACAUGAGAGGAGAGCAAAGGUAAACCAACACUACAGAAAUGGCCCUUGUCUACAUAUAUGUCCUGGUAUUUGUACCAGGAAUAUUUUGCAUAACCCCUUGUGAUCCGGGGUUUUAUGGAGAGCAUUGUGAUAAACAGUGCAAUGUCAACUGUCGCGCCCAUGUCAACAAUCAAAGUUAUUGCGAUAUAGACACUGGAGCCUGCUCACUCGGUUGUAUCUCUGGACUGUGGGGCAGCCAAUGCAAUUUCCCUUGUAGCAAGAAUUGCAUGGAUCGUGUAUGUGUUCAACAAACUGGGCAAUGCUCAAAAGGUUGCACAGAAAACUACAGAGGAGAUCUGUGCGAAGAAUAUAUAGAGACAAAAACCGAAACACCGACAAAAGAACCGCCAGAAGAAACACAUACAGACAAGUAUGAGAGCAUCAUCGACAUCGUCGUCUUCGUCGUCGUCUCCGUCGUCGUCGUCGUCCUCGUCCUCGUCCUCGUAAGCAACGUACGCAAAUACAUCUUCAGAAAGCUCAAACAUGGAGGAUCUAGGGCUCAACGAAAUGAAGCAAAUCACGACAAAACCAUACAGCUUUUGCCUGCGCAAAUCUGUUCACAUAAGGCACCCGAAAUACUCACUGAUCUUCACGAUUCAAUUUUAUGGGGAGACAUAUGUCGUGUAAAAAGCAUUUUGUCAAAGGGACAGGUGGAUAAAAACUCUGUGGAUACAUAUGGGAGGACACCAGUAAUGUGGUCAGCACGCCAGAAACAGAAAGAAGUGUUUGACUAUCUUGUGAAAAGUGGAGCUGACCUAUCACUGACAGACAAGAGCGGAAACAACAUACUUCAUAGUGCCUGUAAUGGUGGACAUAUGGAUAUUGUUCGGUGCAUUCUCUUAAAACGUUUAGUGGACAUCAACAGUCAAGACAUAUAUGGCAGGACAGCAGUGAUGAUGGCAGCAACUAGGGGUUACAGGGAUGUGUUUGACUUACUCGUUAGGGACGGAGCUGAUCUGUCAUUAGUCGAUGACGCAGGAAACACUGUUCUCCAUGCAGCCUCUCUCGGAGGUCAAACUGGAUUGGUGGAGAAUGUUCUCUCGCACAUUACUGCUGACAUUAACACGAGGAACAAGUCUGGAGAAACAGCAGCUAUGGUUUCAAAGGAGAAUGAUAAGCUGUCAGUGUAUGACCUGCUGGUGUCUCGUGGCUGUGCGGAGAAUUAGGUCUAAUCAAGUGAUGAAAUAGGUUUAUACACACAAAUGGAAUCAACUCUGCUCUUUGUGUGCAAACAGUUUAGACACCAUGUUAACCUAUAUUCACGUAUAUUUUCAGAUAAUAGAAAUGACAAUUAGUUCUUAAUAUUUCAUUUUCGAUUUGCAUUCCAUAUUUCUUAUUUCUUAUUAAAUCAAAUGCAAA